AUGCGCCGGAGUACAAAGAAUGUGAUGUCAGCCGUACCUGAGAUUGCGGGACGCGAUGCAGAAAGCUUUGCGAUCACAAAUUUGGACGAGUCCUACUUUCCCACGGCAAAUACGAUUGAGAGCAUAGCGCUUUUGCAAGCCUGUUUGUCCACUGGGCUUUUGUCUCGGGCACACAAGCUCAUGACGGAUAUGCGCCUCGAUGUACAUCGCCGCAUUCAAGAAAUGUACGACGCGCGCGGCGAGACGGAUGCAGACUUUGCCUAUUCUCCGCCGCUUAAGCAGUGGACAUACAAUGCUAUUUUGCAUGCAUACCUCGCUAAAGCCGCGCAGGUGGAAGAACCAACCGAGGUGCAGCUUUGGAUAUCGCGCGCUUGGGAGCUCUGGUACGCAAUGAUGGACAUGGGCCAGCCCAAACUGGACCCGCGCCCAGACGCUGCAACCAUCGCUGCCAUGGCGCUGGGCGUGGGGCAUUUGAAAGAAAUGCGCAAAUAUCCUAAGGACCAGCCUGGUCUCGAGACGCUUCUGCGUGCAGCGCGCCAACUGAGUAUUCCCCUCGAGUCUGUCUUUUCCUCCUCGGUAAUCCAGUUUGGCACGGGCGAAAAGCAAGAAGAGGAAAAUGUCGCUUUGCAUCCCACACUUCCCGAUGCCAACAUACGUCCUGACCUCCUCCUUACAUACUUCCGUGCUGCCGCAAGCGACAUUGGCGAUCAAGCGGCGCUUCACGAGCUGGACCAUGUGCACAAUAUCUUGACUGACUCGGUGCAGCGUCUAGAAAAAGCCGAGCAUACGCCGCUCGACCCACUGCAGAGUGUCGCGCAGGUGCGCCCGGUGUUGAAGCAGGACCCCGGCGCGGCAGACGGCGCGCAACAAAAGCCAUUUAAUCUGCAAACAUUACAGGAAAGCUUGGCAAUUAUGCACGACGCGCGUAUGCGUGUCCCUGAUUUGUACGAGCGCCAGCGCUGGCUCGAGCAUUCUGCACUAGAUGCUGCGCGCAAGCGUCUUGAGCACGACAGUGAGAAGCUGGAGGAGCUUGGCCUGAAGACGGGUGCACUGCAGUCCAAGACACUGCAGACGUGGAUGUGGGAAUGGUACCAAAAGCUGGAGGUUGCGUUGACAAAGGACCUCGGGAGCAUGGAGAAGCAGCUGCAGAUGCCAGAAGCAAAUGCGAUGGAUUCCCAGUUAUAUCCAUUUUUGUCCCUCAUACCGCCAUCGAAAAUGGCUAUGAUUGUCAUUUUGGAGCUGAUGCGGAUGCAAGGUGUUGGCGGCGUUGCCGAUGGUAUCAAAACCACGCGCACGCUUUUGCAUAUCGGUAAAGCGAUUGAAGCCGAGCACCACGCCACGGUUAUCAACAAACAUCCAGAAAUAUUCGUGCAGGCACGCACCGCACAAAACAUGCUAAAGGACCGCAACUUGAUCAACAUGGCCAUGCGCCGCGACUUGAAAGCAUGGCAGGAGCGGUGCAAUGAGGACAGCCUCGAGACCCAGAUCCCGAAAUGGACCCAAGUGAUUCGUGCGCGUGUGGGAAGUUACCUUGUGCGCCAUCUCAUGGACAUUGCCACUGUGCACCGCAAAGAGUACGACCGCGACGGUGAUUUGUGGGAGGAGGAACAGCCCGCAUUUUACGCCGCAUACCAGUACAUUGCAGGCAAAAAGCUCGGCGUGAUUCGUCUCAACGAAGUUGUCGGCCGGCGCCUGGACAAGGAAUCCGUGCGCGAAACGCUUCAUCCUCGCCAUCUCCCCAUGCUCGUUCCGCCGAAGCCAUGGCUCACCCAUGAUUCCGGUGGCUACUUUUCCGUCAAAACCAGCGCGAUGCGAUACAAAGACAGUAUUGAACAGAGCUCUUAUCUGCGUGCUGCGUCGGAAAACAAUGGCCUGGAAGUCGUUUUGGCGGGCCUCGACGUGCUGGGAAACACGGCAUGGAACAUCAACAAGGAGGUGUUUGACGUAGUGCUGCAGGUGUGGAACUCUGGCGAAGAGCUCGCCGAUAUGCCCCCUGCACUUACCGACGAGCCGGAGCCGGAGCGCCCACCGCCAGACGAUAUCAAGGCCAAGGGUGUAUACUUGCAGCGGAUGCGCCAGUGGAACUUGAACCGCGCCUCGAACCACUCGCAGCGCUGUGAUAUCAAUUAUAAGCUGGAAAUCGCGCGCAGCUUUUUAGGCGAGCGGUUCUACUUUCCGCACAAUAUGGAUUUCCGCGGGCGCGCGUAUCCUAUUCCCCCCAACUUGAACCAUAUCGGGAACGACUUGUGCCGCGGCUUGCUCAAGUUUGCAGAUGAGAAACCACUGGGCAAGAUUGGCUUGCGUUGGCUUCGCAUCCACUUGGCCAACGUCUUUGGCUACGACAAGGCGAGCUUUCAGGAACGCGAAGUGUUUGCCAUUGAUCACGAGCACGACAUUAUCGACGCCGCCGAGCAUCCAUUGGACGGCAAGCGAUGGUGGCUCCACGCAGACGACCCGUGGCAGUGUCUGGCAACGUGCUUUGAGCUGUACAAGGCACUCAAGCAUCCAGAAGGCCCGGAAGCAUUCCCUUCGCAGCUUCCCGUGCACCAGGACGGCACAUGCAAUGGCUUGCAGCACUAUGCAGCGCUUGGCGGCGAUUUGCACGGCGCAAAGCAAGUCAAUCUCAGCGGCGGUGAGCGCCCAUCGGACGUGUACAGUGGUGUUGCUGACUUGGUCAUUGCGCAACUCAAGCAGCGCGCCUCCGAAGGCGACCACUAUGCAACGCUGCUCGAAGACAAGGUAACACGCAAGGUUGUAAAACAGACUGUGAUGACCACGGUCUACGGCGUCACCUUUGUUGGCGCAAAAAAUCAAGUAAUGCGCCAGUUAGUUGACCGCGGCGACGUCCCGGCUGAGGAGCUUUGGGGCACCGCGUCUUAUCUUGCCAAGGUAAUUAUGGACUGUAUCGGCGACUUGUUCACCGGCGCAAACCUUAUCCAGGAAUGGCUUUCUGUCUCAGCUCGUCUUAUUGCCAAGAGCAUUCCACCAGAGCGCAUCGAACAGUCGAUGAUGUCGUAUAUGCCACGCACCAAUAGCAACGCUGGGCGCAGCGGCUUGCCUGCUUUGCGUGUGGGAAAAGAACAAAUGACCUCGGUUAUUUGGACCACCGCGCUGGGCCUGCCGAUUGUCCAGCCGUACCGCAAGGUAAAGAAGCACCAGGUGAGCACCGCGAUGCAGUCCGUCUUUAUCCGCGAUCCGAACCAAAACUUUGAAGUGAACCCAAGCAAGCAAUCCAGUGCCUUUCCGCCCAACUUUAUCCACUCCUUGGAUGCUACACAUAUGAUCCUUACCGCACUCGAGUGCCAGUCGGCUGGGUUGGUGUUUGCAAGUGUGCAUGACAGCUACUGGACACACGCGGCGGAUAUCGAGACGAUGAGCGACGUGAUUCGCGACACCUUUGUUCGCCUGCACUCCCAGGAUAUCCUUGUCCGCCUCCGCGAGGAGUUCUUGCAGCGCUACAAGGGCUACAAAAUUCCCCUUUCUUCCCUGACAAAGGCGUCCAUGUUGCGCUCGGAUCGCGACGCGAAGAAGCGCGACACUGAGGAAGUGGAGCUUGAGGCGCAGGAGAUUACGCGGCAUACGCGCACAUCGCAGGACUCGGCGCUGCAGGCGCAAUUUGUGGACUUGGCCGACGUGCUGCCCGCCAUUCCGCAAAAGGGCGACUUUGACGUGAACGAAAUUAGACGCUCGCUGUACUUUUUUAGCUAG